AUGAGUCGUUUGCCUCAUCAGAUUAUGGCAAAGAAACAAGAUGCAACAAGAGAUGUUGAGUUUAUACAACAUGAAAAUCACUUUAAUGAAACAAUGAAAUUGGUUGAUACGCUAAGAGCUGAAGCACAAGCAUUUCGUGACCAAGUUGCUGUACUGCUAUCCAACCAAUAUGAUAUAGCCUCUCUUGUCUCAAGCAUCUAUGGCCUAAACUUGGAAACUUCAGAACCUGUUCAGGGCUCUGCUUUACAAGCUGCGAAUGAUGCAGAGGCUGCCAUGGCCUACUGUCAAGACGAAAUACUACCUCAGCUUGAUACCAUUGAUCAACUUGUUGUUCGUCCUGCAUUAGAGCUUCAUGAGAUAUCCAAGACGAUACAAAAGACGAUCGUGAAGCGUAACCACAAGAUGGUUGAUUACGAUCGACAUAGGGCCAGUCUAAACAAGCUCACAAGCAAGGCUGAACGUAGUAUGAAUGAUGAAAAGGCAAUCUUCAAGAUACAGAGUCAACUAGAGACAGCAACCCAAGAUUACGAAUACCUCAACAACACUCUAAAGCACGAACUUCCGAUAUUCUUUCAAUUAUUAUCACAUUUAGUUCAACCCAUCCUUGAGAACUUGUAUCAUCUGCAGACCAAGAUUUAUGGCAUGAUUUAUGCAAGAUGCUAUGAAUUGGUGACGGCAAACCAACAUCAUUUUGUCACUCAGGGAAUGGAUAUCCAAGGGGGAUACCAGUGGAGAUUAAACCAUUACAACGGACAAGCAGAGAUGGAGAAUCUUGACUUGCUUCAUGCUAAAGGGAAAGCGUGGUUAAGUGCCUCCGGUAGCACGGAUAAUUCCAAGUUUUCGCUUCAAGAAAGGGCCGCCUUAAAAAACACUAAUCACACUACUGCAUCACAUGCAGCCAAUGACGAAACAAUAAAGAAAUAUGUGGUAGCACUCUAUGAUUAUGAUGCACUUGCUCAAGGUGACUUGAGCUUUAGAAAGGAUGACAAGAUCGAAUUAGUAAACAGAACUCAAGAUGCCAACGACUGGUGGACAGGCAAGCUGAGAGGACAGACAGGUGUAUUUCCUGGCAACUAUGUUCAAGAGAUAUAA